UAGAGCUGGAUUUGAAUCGGAUUUCAAAACAUGUGCAUUUGUGUUUGUGUGCCGUUUGACACGUGGCAUAACGUUACAAGUUGUGCUACUCUUAAUAAACUGAACUAUAAGUAGAAUACUGAAAUAGAAUAGACUAUACGAUUAUACCAUCCAGUUUAGAAACUAAACAUCCAUUUUUUUCGUUAUAUACCAAUCGAUAGACACCACUUUGUUAAUGCGUUAUACUAAAUUGUUGAAAAGGAAUUAGUAUGCCAACUAGACCAAAAAAGGCGAACAUCUGAAGAUGAUAAUAAUUUUGAAUUUUUCGUUCUUUUUGUCAUUCUUUUGUCAAUUCGUCUGUUCUUAAGAGUAUGAAUUAGAAUAAAUUAUAGUUUGUAUUUAUCUAUAUUGAUCAACGAUGAAAUGGAGUUGCCGUAUAAUCGGUAGAUUUUGGAGGUUAUUCUAACUUUUUUUUGUUUGAGUUGAAUCGCAGACCAAUUUUUUAGAAGACCAGGUAGUGGUUUGUUAUCAAUUAUUGACGGAUGUGUCAAGUUUAAUCGUAGAGCUUGAGCUGAUUUCAUCCGGCACUGAUAAAUUAUGCUUGUCAAAUGUCGUAUAUCUGUUAGUAUAAUAUAAUAUGGAAGCCUGGUAUUACGGGCGAUCAACCUCAGUCGCCGGAGGUCAGGGUUCGAAUCCCACACGUGGAUGGAACGACCCACCCGACCUCUCAGCUUCACAAUUCUCAACCGACAACAACGGACCUCACAACGGAAGCAGUAACAGUAUUAACUCAGCGACCAGCGAAAAUUCACCUGCUGUUAAUCCUUUCAGAAGACAAACGCCAGGAGCGAAACCAAAAGUAGGUGCAAAUUUGUCAGCGUCAUCUUUCUCUAUUUUCGACCCGACAAAAGCAGUCAUGAAUGCUAUGACACCCCCGCCGACAAUGUCAUCAAACAAUGGCUACCCCCUAAUGACAAACAAUGCUCCUACAUCGAAUGGGUUAGGAGGCAUGAAAAACGGGAACCAUUUUUUCACACCACCGCCGCCGUCUCAAACAAACGGUUCUACAAAUCCCACGUCAUAUUACAGUCCGAACACGGUUAUUACAUCACCUCAACAAUAUGGAGUUAUGUCAUCGACCUACGGUGUUACAUCACAGCCGCCCAACCAUUACGUAACACCACCUCCUCCUUCCCAGAAUUCAUCGAAUGGAAAUUUCCAUACUCAGAAUGGAUUAGCUCCUGGAGGUUAUAGUAUGCCUCCCCCGCUGCCUAGCAAUGGGUUGUUGACCCCAAAAGGCUAUUUGAGUAACGGAUAUUCGCAUGAAAAUUCACCGUUGCAUCAAAGUGUUAGUCAACCUUGCUUCUCGUCAUUUAAUCGGGGUCAAAAUGGGCUCUUAACACCUACAAGUAACGGUGAUGGCAUUUCACCGAAUCAACACCAACAAGGGGGUUUUGUAGGCUCAAUGAACAGUUCGGCUAAUGGUGUUAAAACUUCAAUUGAUAGCCAUACGGCUAAUGGAACAGCAAACAUAACAGGGGCACAAAACAAACAGAAUAAUGUUCAGAAUGGCGUGGCAUCAGAAAGCAGAAAUGAUUCUAAUUCGAAUGCUGGUGAUUGCCUGAAUGUUUUGAAUUAUAUAAUUGGAAAUAUGCGACCGAAAAUGGACCCUUCAGAUUUUGAGAGGCUCUGGGCUUCGGUGCAAAAUGUUCUCGCAAAUUGGGAAAGUCUGAGUCAAGAAACGAAAUACAACUCGUCCGAGUUUAUCAAUGCACUAGGGAAUACGAAUGUAGGAUACGCCAGAAAUUGUCUGGAAAAAGUGAAAACUUGUGGAAAUGCAAACUUGUCUGGACUUUUCGAGUACCUUCUUUCAGUUUACGAGUCAUCAAAUUCUACGAGUGCUAUUAGCAGUAACAGCAGCGAAACCCAGUCGUUAAGAAGUGGGUUCGAAUCCCAGCCAGUGCCUAUGUUUUCGCUCUGAGCAAACAUUACGUGGUGCUAUUAGACGAAACUUCUGGAAGAAUUUAACUGGAAAGUUUUGAAAGGAAUUAUUAGCAGAAAUUACGUUCAUUCAUUGCCAAAUAAUGAAUGGUGUUCAUGUGAAGAGCACCUCCCGAAUUGAAUUUGUAAUUAAUUUCGAAAGAGGAGGAAAAAACUGUACAGAAUAUGAAUGACGAUGCAAGUUUAAUACAACUAACUUGUUAAAAAGAACUUCAUUGAAAUUAUAAUAUCGCAGAGCCGAAACUUCCAAAAAUUAUAAACGGUAUCAGAAAAGCAGGAUAAGUGAUAUUUUUUCUUAAUGUCAUUUUGUCCCGGGAAAAAUGUCCAAAUCUUUUUUCUUGUUGAGGCAUGGAAAUUAUUUUUGAGCGAUAUAAUUUUUAAGGCAUGUGGUUGCUAAGUAAUAUUGGUUGAAACUCAGGACAUUUUGAAUUCAUUUCCCGAGUCAAAGAAUUUGAGUGCUAAAAUAUGGCCCUGAAGAGCAUGUUCUGAUUGAAACAAUCAAAUUAUGCCACCUCACCGAGCACCUAUAGAUGAUGUCGCAAAAACUUGUCGCGGGCAAAAGUCUUUUUCGGGCAUAGUGCUUUUAUACCUAUAUUUUCAAACGACUUGAAUUUAAAGUAGUGUAUAUCGGCAUUGCGGUAUUAAAAAACUUUUAGCUAACAGACGAUAAAUUAAAUAGCAAGUGAGUAAAUAAAUUAGCACUUGAAGCCAUUACACUGGAAAUAUUAGAUAAGUUUAAAGUUUUGAAAUAAUUAGUAGCUUUGCUCUCAUUGUUGUUGGUGACAGGAAUGUUUACGCAAUUUAUAUUUGUAAUAGCAUGGAACAAUAUUUGAACUGC